CCGGUGGGGGCGGGUCACGCAGAGCGCGCGGCCGGGAGCGACGCUGGCGGCUGCGGCGGCGGAGCUGCGGGCCGGGAGCCGGCGCGGGUCUCUUGGGUAAGCGAAGAGCCGCGCAGUGCUGAGCCCGCCGCCCGCCGUGGAGCCAUGGAGAUCGGCACCGAGAUUAGCCGCAAGAUCCGGAGUGCCAUUAAGGGGAAAUUGCAAGAAUUAGGAGCUUAUGUUGAUGAAGAACUUCCUGAUUACAUUAUGGUGAUGGUGGCCAACAAGAAAAGUCAGGACCAAAUGACAGAGGACCUGUCCCUGUUUCUAGGGAACAACACAAUUCGAUUCACCGUAUGGCUUCACGGUGUAUUAGAUAAACUUCGCUCUGUUACAACUGAUCCCUCCAGUCUCAAGUCUUCUGAUACCAACAUCUUUGAUAAUAACGUGUCUUCAAACAAGAGCAGUUUCGGUCGGGGAGACGAGAGAAGGCAUGAAGCUGCAGUGCCACCCCUCGCAGUUGCUAGCACAAGACCUGAGAAAAGAGAUUCCAGGGUUUCUACUAGUUCACAGGAGCAGAAAACCACUAAUGUUAGACAGACUUAUGAUGAUGGAGCUGCAACCCGAUUAAUGUCAACUGUGAAGCCUCUGAGGGAGCCAGCACCCUCUGAAGAUGUAAUUGAUAUUAAGCCAGAACCAGAUGAUCUCAUUGAUGAAGACCUCAAUUUUGUGCAGGAGAAUCCCUUAUCUCAGAAAAAACCGACAGUGACACUUACAUAUGGUUCUUCUCGCCCUUCUAUUGAAAUUUAUCGACCACCUGCAAGUCGAAAUGCAGAUAGUGGUGCUCAUUUAAACAGGUUGCAAUUUCAGCAGCAACAAAACAAUAUUCAUGCUGCCAAGCAACCUGAUUUACAGAACAGCCGGGUAUAUGAAACAGGACGUUUGUGUGAACAGGAAGUGCUUAACAGCUUAGAAGAGACUUAUAGUCCCUUCUUCAGAAACAACUCAGAAAAAAUGAGUAUUGAGGAAGAAAACUUUCGGAAGAGAAAGUUGCCUGUGGUAAGUUCAGUUGUUAAAGUAAAAAAAUUCAAUCAUGAUGGAGAAGAGGAGGAGGAAGAUGAUGAUUGUGGGUCUCGUACAGGAAGCAUCUCCAGCAGUGUGUCAGUGCCAGCAAAGCCUGAAAGGAGACCUUCACUUCCACCUUCUAAACAAGCUAACAAGAAUCUAAUUUUGAAGGCUAUAUCUGAAGCUCAAGAAUCUGUAACAAAAACAACUAACUAUUCUACAGUCUCACAGAAACAGACACUUCCAGUUGCUCCCAGAACUCGAACUUCUCAAGAAGAAUUGCUGGCAGAAAUGGUCCAGGGGCAAAGCAGGACCCCCAGGAUAAGUCCUCCUAUUAAAGAAGAGGAAACAAAAGGAGAUAAUAUAGAAAAGAGCCAAGGAGCUCCACAGAGGCAGUUGUUAUCCCGACUACAAAUCGACCCAGUAAUGGCAGAAACUCUGCAGAUCAGUCAAGAUUACUAUGACAUGGAAUCCAUGGUCCAUGCAGACACAAGAUCAUUUAUUCUGAAGAAGCCAAAGCUGUCUGAGGAAAUAGUAGUGGCACCAAACCAGGAGUCGGGGAUGAAGACUGCAGAUACCCUUCGGGUACUUUCAGGACACCUUAUGCAGACACGAGAUCUUGUACAACCAGAUAAACCUGCAAGUCCCAAGUUUAUAGUGACGCUGGAUGGUGUCCCCAGCCCCCCAGGAUACAUGUCAGAUCAAGAGGAGGACAUGUGCUUUGAAGGAAUGAAACCUGUAAACCAAACUGCAGCCGCGAGCAAGGGACUCAGAGGUCUCCUCCACCCACAGCAGUUGCAGUUGAUGAGCAGGCAGCUUGAUGACCCAAAUGGUAGCUUUGCAAAUGCUGAGAUGAGUGAACUGAGCGUGGCCCAGAAACCAGAAAAACUUCUGGAGCGUUGCAAGUACUGGCCUGCCUGUAAAAAUGGGGAUGAGUGUGCUUACCAUCAUCCUGUUUCACCUUGCAAAGCCUUCCCCAAUUGUAAAUUUGCUGAGAAGUGUUUGUUUGUUCAUCCAAAUUGUAAAUAUGAUGCAAAAUGUACUAAACCAGAUUGUCCCUUCACUCAUAUGAGUAGAAGAAUUCCAGUACUGCCUCUAAAACCAGCAGUUACAACACCAGCACCACCUUCUAGUAGUCAGCUGUGCCGUUAUUUCCCUGCUUGUAAGAAAAUGGAAUGUCCCUUCUAUCAUCCAAAACACUGCAGAUUUAACACUCAGUGUACCAGACCUGACUGCACAUUUUAUCAUCCCACCAUCACUGUACCGCCACGACAUGCCUUGAAAUGGAUUCGACCUCAAACCAGUGAAUGACAGUGCUACUUGGGAGAAGAUUGUGGAGUUUGAAAGUUUCCAUCUACUGAUGAAAGAUACUCUGCAGAACUUGUCAAACCUUUGAAACUUGGAAUAUAUAUUGCUUUCAUAAUAUGAAGUUUAUUGCCUAUCUGAAGUGUCUAAUUUUUCUAGUUUGUAAGUUUAUUAAGUGGUUUUAACAUUGGGUGUUUUUUGUUUUGACUGUGAAAAGACAGUUUAAAGGAAAAGCUAAAUUCCAUUAAAACCUUUGAGGCUUGUUUGUACACUGCAA